GGUACCUACUCAGUUUUAGAUAUAAACUUUAUUUUGUUUUCCAUUUGUAAAAUAAACUACGUUAUAUAUAAAUGUUACAUAUAAAUUCAACUGUGAUAUGACAUGAUAAUUGUUUUAAAGACUUAUUACUAUACUUUAAAAUGAGUAAUAUUUAUAUCCAAGAACCACCAGCGCUUGGCAAGGUGCUUUUAAAAACUACAGCUGGAGAUAUAGAUAUUGAAUUAUGGACGAAAGAAACACCGAAAGCGUCAAGGAAUUUCAUACAACUAUGUAUGGAGGGCUAUUAUAAUGGUACAAUAUUUCAUAGAGUAGUUCCGGGUUUUAUUGUGCAGGGCGGUGAUCCAAAUGGUGACGGUGCUGGAGGAGAAUCAGUGUACGGAGAACCAUUUAAAGAUGAAUUUCAUUCUCGUCUCCGUUUCAAUCGACGAGGUCUGGUGGCGAUGGCUAAUGCUGGGAAAGAUGACAACGGUUCACAAUUCUUCUUCACUCUAGCGGCUACACCGGAAUUACAAAACAAACAUACAAUAUUUGGAAAGGUUACUGGUGACACAAUUUACAAUGUGCUAAAGUUAUCCGAAGGUCUCAUAGGCCCCGAUGAAAGACCCGAGCAUCCUAACAAGAUAUUAAACACUCAAGUAUUAAUUAACCCUUUCACGGAUAUCGUGCCGAGAGUGCAAGAGAAACCCCAGGAUCAAGACUUAGAGAAACCUAAAAAGAAAAAGAAGGAACGAGAAGGGGUGAAAAAUUUCGGUCUUCUAUCAUUCGGAGAAGAAGCGGAAGAAGACGAAGGGGAAGCACAAGAGUUCAGAGGGAAACCUAAAUCAACGCACGAUCUUCUAGAAGACCCUAAGUUAAGCAAGAAGACAGCUGCUGAAUUAGAAUUAGAACAACAGAAUGAAAAAGAAGAACAAUCGAGUAAAGAGAACGAUCAAAAGAAAGAAGAAACAGCUCAAGCCGUUAGUAACAUACGGGAGAAAUUGAAGAAUAGAGACACGCAAGAAAAGGACGGAAACAGUGGCAGAAAGAGAGCGAAGAGUCCGGAUGAUGACGAUGAAGACAGUAAGAGGAAGAAAGAAAGCGACGAUGAAGAGUACUAUCUCGGGAAAGAGAAGGAUAUAGAGAGAGCAAAAGAAAGGGACCGUAUAAGAAACGAAAUAAAGAAACUCAAAAAGGAAAUGAGAGGCGCCAAAGAAGAACCGAAAGAUGAUAAAGAAGAGGAACCAAGCGUUACAAAGAAGCUGGAAGAAGAAAACGAGAUGUACAAGAAGUUUAUAGAUGAACAGGAAAAAUAUAAAAAGAUGAAAGAGACGAUACCAAAGAAAGGCGCUGCUAGAAGCAGAACAAAGUUCACACGAAAAACACCGAGAAAGAAAGUUUGGUCGAAGAAUCUUUACGAGAAUCGAGACUAUCCAGACAAUUACACUGAUAGAAAAUUCCUAGAAGACCUAAGGAGGAACUUGUUCGUUGAAAAAGUGACUUUAAAACAAGCCGUACAAGGCUCAUUUCGGAUCGUACUUAGGUUAUGCCUGUGUGUGCUAUACGCCAUCUUGUUCGUGUACAUGCAUAAUAAAUGGAUUCACACACACACGGUCAUUUAUCUAUCCAUAACGAUUGCGUGUGUGUGCUAUAUGUUGUAUGUUUGUGUUGAAGGUGGGGCGUUUUUGAGGCAUUUUAAAAUAGUUCUCGUUUAUUUAGUCAUAGGGUAUAUUUUGUCACCUAUAUUGCACACAUUGACGGAUACCGUAAGUACAGAUACGAUAUACGCUUGGGCGGUUAUAAUGAUGUUUAUACAUUUGAUUUUUUUCGAUUAUGACGUCCCAGCGGCGUUUGUAUCGAAAUCGUUGUCUAUAAACGCGGCGAUAUUCGCGUCUGUAUGUCUCGUUUCUCGUUUGUCGACGCCGUUCGACGCGUUCGUACUUUUAACGAUAUCCGUUAUAUUUUUCGUACUGAGCCCGCAACUGUUCCAAGCGCUUUUACGAACGAAAAUGUUCACAGCGUUAUUUUUUGUAACGUUAGCAGUAACUUUACUCGCCUUAUACGCCGUUUCGUUGAUUUUAUUGUGUUAUUUUUCAUUCUUUGUGUUGAUACUAAGCGGUUACUGCCCCGUGAUGUUUGUGAAGUGGCAGAUAUAUAAAGAUAAUAUCUACGGACCGUGGGACGAGGCGAUAAUAAACAAUUCGAAUGAAUUCUACGAGUUCACAUAAUUAGAAUUAAUUUUUAAUUACGUUUUUAUGAAUCAGCUGUCGCUGACUGUACUAUGUUAGUCUGUUUGUUGUUUUGAAUAUUCGAUUAUUAAAUUUUAAUAUGCUUUAUUGAUAACCAAAGUUAAGAGAUAUUUUUUUUAAUUUACAUAGGCAGGCACAGGGAGACUGCCAAAUUGGCGACCUGAUAUAAAGUGAUCAUUGUCCAUAGACACUGGUACUGUAAAUUAAUGCGCCACCAACCGUUUUAACCAAGAUGUUAUGUCUCUAGUGCCUGUAGUUACACUGGUUCAAUCACCCUUCAAACGGGAAGGUGUUAGUAUGUACACACCAGUGCCUCGGAAAGCACGUAAAGCCGUUGGUCCUGCGCCUGAACCGUUUCCGAUCGUAUCUUAUUGCGUCUCAUCAUAUUAUGAGAGUGAGAGAGAGAGUGCACCUGUGUUUGCGCACACACUUGUGCACUAUAAUAAAUUCUGUGCAGUUGGCUAGUCUUGCAUGAGAUUGGCUGCCGUGGCCGAAGUCGGUCAGGCGGGCA